GAAAUACACCAUAAAAUGUACAAACAAGGAACAUUUUAAUAACGUGCUUGCUAAUAUUCUCUGAUUAGCUCAUUUACUUACACAAAGAGGAAGUUUUAUACCAGCAAGAAGUGUGUCGUGCAUUAAGUUUAUCCUCUUCACAUAUACACUUAUAUUAACUUGGACUUCCAGCUAGGUCAGAGACGGAUAUUUUGCGUAUUUCAUGAUAAACAAACUGGACUUGUGUAUUUCAUAAAAAACAAUGGACACAUUGAAGUAAAAGUGAUUACAGACAAAAAGUAAUACAGUUAUGAAGUGUGGAUUUUAUUUGUUUUUUCUGUGGUGUAUGACAUUUUGUCUUCAGAGGGCAGAUGCGGCAUACGGAAAAACUGAAGUCAAAGAUGGUGAUGUGAUAAGGCCGCGUAUGAACAUUUUGAAAAAGAAGUACCUGAAGAAUACCGACCAAACAUGGACUCUGGUAGCCAAUACAGGACACUGGGCGCUCGUGUUUCACUACCUGUCGAUCGAAAAGUCUUCAAAUUGCCAGCAUGAUUACCUAGAAAUUCAGGAACACGAUUAUAAUAUGAGCGAUACUGUUCAUGCCCCAACGAGAUACUGUGGCGAAAUAACCCCUAUGCCGUACAUAUCAAAAACAUCCCGAAUAACAGUACGUUUUAUCUCGGACAACAUUUGGGAACUAAAAGGUUUCAACAUAACAGCCAUUUACGGUGAACAAAAAGAAGCUCUGGAGUCAAAGGUUCACGAGAUGUUGAACAAGUAUACAAUCACUUUAGCACUGGAGGCAGAAGAGAAAAAUGAAGACAGCAAAGACAGCAAAGGAGCAAUUUUCUACGUUUUGAUUGGCUCUUCCGUUGCCGCGCUUGUUUUGUUUUUUAUCCUGCUUGCCUACUUUGUCAUUGCAAUGCGCAAACAGAUUUAUACGCAUAAAACACGGGUACCAAAACUGUACUACAUUUCCGGUGCUUCGCAGACGAAUUAUAGAGGGCCAUCUCCUACAAGACGGGAACCAUUUGUAAGGUUAAACUCCGGAACUCCUGCAUUAAAAAGUCCCCAAGAAUUGUGUAAAACGGGUAAAAGAUAUUCAAAAGAGAAGAAAGCCGCGAAGCCAGUUGCUACUGACACGACGGCAGUUAAAUUUGUUGAGCCAAGUUGCAGAUGUCAGCAUAACAAUUUAUAUGUUUCAAAUGCCUUGGUCCAUGUGUGCCGAAAUUAACUAGCCACUUACUUCGAUUAUGUCAUUAAGAGGAAGAAGGGUAUAUGGUGGCAUCACGUUUGGAAUUUCCUGUGAAUUUUUAGUUUGUUUUUUUUCUCUAGAAAACAUUACGUUAUGAUUCAACCUGAAGCCAUGACAUUUUAUACAUAUGUGAAUUACUUUGAUGCUAGUCUGUAUCACGCAAAAGACAUUUGUAUCAUUUUGUGUACAAUAUGUAGUCAUUGGCAUAGCUUCUUUAUAUAUGUCUGAAACUUUUAAGCAAUUGCAUUUAAAUGCGUAGCUUUACGCGAAAAUAUAUGAGCCGUGCCAUGAGAAAAUCAACAUAAUGGGUUUGCGACCAGCAUGGAUCCAGACCAGCCUGCGCAUCCGCGCAGUCUGGUCAGGAUCCAUGCUGUUCGCUAAUGGUUUCUCUAAUUGCAGAAGGCUUUAAAAGCGAACAGCAUGGAGCCUGACCAGACUGCGCGGAUGCGCAGGCUGGUCUGGAUCCAUGCUGGUCGCACACCCACUAUGUUGGUUUUCUCAUGGCACGGCUCAAUUAUGUUACGGGAAGGAAGCUUAUCUAUAUUUAGAAUGCAAUGCAAAGCACAUAUUCUGCCAAAACUCAUGUCCAUUUACCACCCCCACCCUUGAUCACCGUGUGAUAACUCGUGUCCAUGUACCACCCCCACCCUUGAUCACUGUACCUAUACAUAAGUUUUAACACGAGACAGUAUACUCACAUUUGUUUCAAAAUUUGUAUUCUAACAAGACCAGGAAAUAACCUACAAACGCAAAGAAGAAAAUUAGUCUACGGUUAUUUAAGAAAUAAUAAGUUCCCAAGCGUGGUUUAUCGCAAAAUAUUUACAUUCUCCCUAUUCUUUUCCAUUGAAAAUUAUGACGUUCAUUUCGUAUGAACAGCAAAAGAAAAGGUGCGAAAUUUACGUCAUUGCUGCAUAGUGAUAACCGACCGCUGUUUUGACGUCCGCGUAUAGUCAGGGAGAACGUUCCUUAGAUGACGUCGCAGAUAUUCCGUGUGUUGAACAGAAUGGCCGGGAAGCUGAUUUUAUUGUUAAAUGCCACAAAAUAUGUGCAAUUUAUAAUAUUAUAUUGUUUACAAAUGGAGAGGAAAUAUAAUGUAAAUAUAAGAAAUGAAACUAUUUUUUCGGUGUUCAUGCGAAAUGAACGACAGAAUAGGAUUGGCAAAGGACUUCGGACACUUUCUAGCCUAUAUGAAUUUGCCUACUCCAAGAGUGAAAAAUAAACUACUAAGAAAUAAGUAUUUAAUUACAUAUGCCAUCAAAAUACAUAUUUGAGAUUAUUUCUUAAAGUCAAAUUUUCAAUAUUUGUUUCAUAGAACAGUGAUUUUUGUUCUAAAUAGAAUUACGUACCCUGUUAUAUAGAUAUAAAAAGUGUUUUGCUUUAUACAACAUUGUUCCCACCCGCGCAUCAAAACCAUAUUUGGCCAGCAUAUGUAGAUAUUAAUUAUACACAUUUUCUGUGACUAUUGUGUUGAUGCAAUGGGUGGAACAGUACUUUUAAACAAAAAAUACUUUACAUUUGGGAACACCCUGUAGUUAUAACCAAUACUUUUUAUAUUCAUUUUUAAUAAAUUGAUUGUCACAUAUUUUUACAUCUGUUUGUAACUCAAAUACUAUACAAAUGUUUGAACGGGUACACAUAGGCAUGUUAUACAUGUAAAGUAGUGAAAGAAGCAAAUACUGUGAAUUCAUUAUUAUUCGUUGGGUUAAAUUUUAAUUGGCUUAUCCUGGUUGUUUGUUGCAGUAGAUUGACAAAUAUGUGUUUUAACAUACUUGCAACACACCAGGUAAUCUUCUGCAUGUCCCCCUUCCCUCCACCUCGCGACGCGCACGCCACUGAGGAUGUAAUUUGUUUUCCAUUUUGUUUUUAUUACUCUUUUGUAUUUCUUAUAUAUUUUUCAUUUCUUUAUUUUUUCAUAUUCUGUGCGUUGAUAUAUAUUUUUAUUUUAUCUUCCUUCUGUGAAAACUGAAUUGAAGAAUGUUCUUUGCGGCGGACUAGGCCUAAACACCACAAAAAAGAGGCAAUAUGUGCACAGCAGUUAAUCUGAUCCUGACUAUAAUCUAUCCAACAGAAAUACCGCUUGGCAUUGAUAUGCCUGUGAUGCAUAGGUCAAGAACAGUAGUUUCAUGGCAGGUCAUAUCAGUGACGGUUUCACAUUCAGUGUGAUGCCACGAAAGUGAUGUGUCAAGUCGCUUUCCAUGCAGAUGGCAUAUAUAAAUACGGCUAGACGCGAAAAUGAACUAAAAGGUCCAGCCGAGUUUCAGGUGGAUUUUUUAUGCAGCGACCUGGAUACAUUUUUAUUACAAGUUUAAGCCAAAUGAGCCGUGCCAUGAGAAAACCAACAUAGUGGCUUUGCGACCAGCAUGGUUCCAGACUAGCCUGCGCAUCUGCGCAGUCUGGUCAGGAUCCAUGCUGUUCGCUUUCAAAGCCUAUCGGAAUUAGACCAACCGUUAGCGAACAGCAUGGAUCCCGACUAGUCUUCGCAGGCUGGUUUUCUCAUGGCACGGCUCAUUUGGCUUAAACAUGUAAUAAAAAUGUAUCCAGGUGGGCAUUUUAGUUCGUUUUCGCGUCUAGCCGUAUUUAUAUAUGCCAUCUGUUGGUUUUCUCAUGGCGCGGCUCAAAUGUUAUCUGUGCCACUGGUACUUAUAUAUACCAAACAAGAACCAACCCUACGGCCUCGAUAAGAUGACUGCCUUUUCUUAGUAUUAAUGUUAUGCAGCACACAACUAUCUGCCAUCACUUAUAACAGAACUAUACAGGCGUGUACAUGUACUUAAAUAACUACCUGAACCACUGUAAUAAAACUGACCGGUCACUUAUACAUGUAUACCUAUUCACAAAUGUAAUGCUUCAAUACCUUUACAUUACGAACAGUGUAUAGAUAAAUCAAGUACAGGUUGUUUGCAAAAAUAUCGUUGUAUUUUUUAUUUAUUUAUAGGAUUUUAAUCUUAAAAUCUUAUUUUUUCCUUAAAUAAAAUGAUUUUGUCACUUUAUUCGACUGGAAUUCAUAUAUUUAAAACUUCCGUAAUGUGAUGACAUUAUAUCUUUACGGAAAAUAAACAUUUUAUUUUUUCAAGAAAAUAUACCCUGGCCUAGUUAAAAUUAGAAAAACAUCUUGAUAGGAACAGAUACAAACCAGUUUCUGCUGUAAUAAGUUAACUAACACAUUGGUUUAUCAUUGACUCGAAACGAUUUGGGUAUUGUUUAAAUACUUAAUGGGAAUUUUGCCUUCAAAAUGUAGGCUAGAAGCAUAUGAUAGUGUCCGAAGUCCUUAAAAAUGAAUCGCUAGCGCGAUUCAUGGAUAUGCCGAUCCUAUUCUGCCGUUCAUUUCGCAUGAAUACUGAAAAAAAAAUCAUGUCAUUGCUUAAAUAACCGUUGAUUGACUUUCUCUGUAUGUGUAUAUAGGCCAUUUGCUGAUCGUGUUAGAAUUUGCGAUAGCCCAUGCGCGUGCGUGUUUUGGCUGCUACGUAUGCCGCCCCCACCCCCAGCCCCAAUCCGCGUGCAGUUCUAUUUAUGAAUGGAAGUCAAGUUACGUUUGUAAAUACUAGCGUAUUUUCGUGGGAAGGAAUUUCAACAUCAAAACCAAAUGCGUAGUAGGCCUACGUCGUAAAAAGUAGAAACCAUUUCAGUAUAUCGUGUUAGAAUCGAAAUAACAAAUUCCCAACUGUGAUUUGUCUAGAAUAACCCGAGUUUUUCGUUCUUAUGCGAAACAAUAUACCAUUCAGUCCUACGGCCUUCGUGAUAUAUUCUUACGCAUAAGAACUCAAAACACUGGUUAUUCUACGAUAAUCCACACUUGGCAAUUUAUUAUUUCGUAAAUAUACCUUCGGGAGGAUCUCUAGAAUUGAAAUAAAAGCGGGUAAUAGUAAAUUAAACGUGACUUCCAUCCGUUCGUAACUGCCGUUCAAGCCAACACACGUAUAAAUAUUUCCCGGCAAAAAGUAGUUAUAGAUCUUUAUACAAAGGCUUUGAAAGAAUUGUCACGAAUAUUUCUUUUCUAAAUGUACUGAUUUUUUAACAAUUUCCACGUGUUCAUCGUGUGUAUAUCGCUAAGUUACUGUCGUUUGGCAAGUUAAUUCAAAAAUAUUUAUCACAAGCAAUGAAUUGUCAUUAAAUAAGAACAUUGUUUGGGAGUUCAGAUCUGAAGUCUAUUCAAGAGAAAAUCACGAAAUCAAGGAUCAUGGUCUAGAUUCUUGACGACAUCCACCAAGUAAUCAACUGUUUUGUGUUGUUUUCUUUUCAACAGGACAGCUUUGACGUUUGACACUAUGACGUAUAGUGAUUUUGUUGUAUAAUAACACAGCAGUGUUAGUCGUCCUUCUUUAAUAGCUUGAAUGUCGAUCAUAUUCUGUCUUUCAUUUUGAAUGAAAUUGGAAAAUAAAUUAUUUCUUAUAUUUACAUAAUAUUUCUUUUCCAUUUAUUAAUACAGUAUUUGUUUUAUAAAUUUUACAAUUUUUUCUGUAUUUAAUAUGAUCAGUCAUUUAGCUCACCAAUCGGAACAGCUGUGACGUGAUCUAAAGAAGAACGUUCUGCCUCAGUCAAAAACAGUGGCAUUAUGUUAACUUUGGGGGCCAUCUUUUCGCGGUUUAAACAAAAUAAACGUCAUAACUUUGGAUGGAAUAAUGAAGGCGAAUGUAUAAUCAUCAUAUAUGUAAAUUUCCUGGUGUAAGUUAAACUUAACAUCUUUAUCUCUUUGCACCCCUGUUUUUGCUAUAUUCACGAAGAACACGUGCUAGACUGCGUUUUAAUUGCGCACGGUUUUUCCUAGUCAAUUCGUGGAGGGUCACCCCAUACCAUUUUGCAAGAAAGUACACACAAGAAUAAGCCUCCUGUAAGCCGGCCAGUCAUUUGUUUUGUAUGUUGCAGGUACACUUCGUGUUAAUUAUCAUUUAAACAUUAUUUCGUGUUAUUAUCAUAUAAAUGAAAGAUUAUGUCUAA